CCGGCAUCGCCGGCAUUUUAAAAGACAAAGUGAACUGAGACGGUUUGAUUUGUGCAGUUCGACUUGUGUGUAGUUUUCGUAAGGUGAUAGAAAAGAUUCCAAGAAGAUGGUUAAAGUAGUAUCAGACGAGAACAAAGAUCAAACUAACAAUCUCCUGCGUACACCUAAAGAUGGAUUCAUACACAAGAAAAAAAACGAGAAGUUUAAACAAACCCCAACAGGCAAAGUUAUGUUAGUUAAUGGAUCAAAGACAUCGAAUAGUAGCAGUAAUGUAAAACAGCAAAAACGGGAUAAACAAAAAAGUACAUUACCUCAAAAAACGUCAGAUCAGAACAAAGAACUGAAAAAGAAAAACCCUCCAAAAUCUGAUAAAAAACAACAGGAAACAUCUAAGAAUCUGAAACAAAAGAAUGAAGUGCAAUCUGAAGAAGAUGACUCUGAUUCGGAUGAGGAUAUCAAUGAAGGAAUUCUUUUAGAAGAACAUAACUUUAUGCGGGAAAGCAAUGGUAGUGAAGAUGAGGAGGAUUCUGAUGAGGCUGAGAAUAAAGAAGAAAAUAUAGUACCAAAUAUCCUGGGUGCAAGCUUAGCCGAUGAUUCUGACGAAUCAGAUGAAGAUUAUACGGAAGAUGAAGAAGAGGUUCAAAUAAACAAAGGGGUAAAAAUGUUUAAGGGAUUGAAGUCAAAAGAUGAAAGUAAUGAUUCUUCGAAGGAUAGUUCAGAUAACUCUGGAAUUGAAAGUGUUGAUGAUGAUGAUGAAGAUAGUGAUCAAGACUUAGAAGCUAAUGACAAUGUAGAAGGAGAAGGGGAAGAAGAUGACAAUGAUGAUGAAGAAUCUGAAGAUGAAGAUGAAGAUGAUGGAGAUAAAUCUAUGAUAGCAUUGGAAGCACUCUUAGGAAACAGUAUUGUAGAGGAUGAUGAAAGUGAUGAAGACUUUGUUGAGACAGGAGAAAUUGAAGAUGAUGAUGAUGAUGAUAUUAGCGAUGAAGAUGAGGAAGAGGAGGAUGAUGAGGAUGAUGAAGAUGAAGAGGAUGAAGAGGAGGAGGAUGAUGAUGAGGAAGAAGAUAUUAGCACAGUAGAUAGAGCUAAGCAAAAUAAAAACCAUAAUGAAAGUUUGGAUUCUUCCUUAGAAGAAUUGAAAGAGGAUAAAAGAACUAUAUUUAUUGGCAAUCUUCCAAAAGAAUUAACAAAGAAACAAUUGAAGAAACACUUUCAGAAAUUUGGAAAUAUUGACACUAUACGUUUGAGAGGUAUAAUAGGAAAAUCUAUGAAAAUGUCUAAAAGACUUGCAGCAAUAAAGAAAGAUAUUCAUCCCAGACUAAAAUCAGUUUUUGCAUAUAUUAAAUACAACUCUGAAGAAUCUGCAAAGGCAGCUUUAUCAAUGAAUGGAAAAGUAAUUGAUGGAAAUUAUAUCAGAGUAGAUACAGCAGGCAAGUCAGACGAGAAACGUGACACAAAGAAAAGUGUUUUCGUAGGAAAUUUAAGUUUCAGUGUUGAUGAUAAUACAGUUAGGAAGCACUUUAAAGAUUGUGGCGACAUAGAGUCUGUACGCAUAAUUAGAGAUAAUAAGACUGGUAUUGGUAAAGGGUUUGGAUACGUUAAUUUCAAGACUGAAGAUGCUGCAGCAUUAGCAUUAGAACUAAAUGGAACAACAAUAUUAAAUCGCGAAAUCAGAGUAAAAGCAUGCUCUGAACAAAAGAAAAAAGGAAAAAGAUCACAUUCCAAAGAAGAAGACGAGAAUUCAUUUAAAAAAUUAAAGAACAAUGAUGAAGUACCUGUCUCUGUCCGUAAUAAAGAAAAUGCUACAAAGAGAAUAAAAGAAAGAGGACAAAAGUUUGAUGUAAAACAAACUAGUCCACAGCAGUCAAGCGCAUUUGAAGGUCAAAAAUCUGAUGGAAAGAAGAAGAAGAAAUCAAAUAAGUUAGAAAAAAAGAAGAAGCUUCUGGCAGAGAAACUUGCUGCUAAACCUAAGAAACCAUCAAACUGAUGGAACUUAAGACAUCUGUAUUAUUAUUAUUG